AUGGCCCAGCCCAUCCUCUACCACUGUGCGCACCUCGAGACGCCCCGCGCGCCGCUCCCAGCAGGCUACGUCUCGUCCUUUGCCGACUUUGCCCCGCUCGACCGGCUCUACUUUUGCGAGGAAUGCGACGCUGUUCGGUGCGAGGGCUGCGUAUCUGUCGAGGUCGCCAGCUACUUUUGUCCAAACUGUUUAUUCGAUGUGCCCGGGUCGAAUGUGCGAGGUGACAAGAACCGUCGAGAGAUUGGGUGGCUCUUUGACAAGCCGUCGGCGCUAGCAAGCCAACUUCCCAAGGUCUACACCCAGCCUGAGGAAGUGCAGAGCGAGUUUGACGCGCUCAAGGACCACCUCGACAAGUUUGUGCAGCAAUCAGCGCCCCCCACACGAGCCCAGGCGCACAAGAGAACGCCAUCACGUCAUAUUGCCCAGUUGACGCAGGCAGCCCAGCGCGCCUUAAGACGAGAUGUUCCCGGCCUCACACGGCAUCGGGCACGCGUCCCAGGCAAGGACGAGAAGAUUGAGAAGGCGGGCUGGGACGAACUAGCCCCUUACACGGCCAAGGGUUCGUGGCGGCAAGAUGGACUCGAGCGUGGAACACAGGACGUCGAUGACAUGAUGUCGAUUGAGGGAGAGGAAGUGGCGACUCUGGACAAGAGGUGGGCAAGCAGCCGACAGCCCGCAAUAAUGUCAAGCGAGACGGUGCCGCAACGCAUCCGUCUGCAGACCAAGCUGAACAAGCGGUGCCCACACCCCACAUGUCGCUCGGUUCUCAUCCAGCCCGACACCAAGAGCAUUCGCAUGCUCGUCAAGAGUGUCGCGACCAGCUAUCUUCCGGCCAUGGAGCUGGGACGCCGCCGAUGCCGCUCAGGGGAUCAGCUGCCGUCGGACGCGACCGACGAAGACUGGGAGCGACGUCGGCGCGAAAGGCGUCGUACUCGGGCCCACUUGCCCAACGAAGUGGACCAAGAUCUUUCUGAUCCUUUGCGUCCCGGAGAAGUGUACACCUUUCAAGUAGCCUUCACCAACCCGCUGUACGAUCCGAUCCAGAUCCGCCUGGGCAACGCGCACCAGGCGCGUCACGCGGUGCCAGUCAACCACCACGUCCACAUUCCGACCGCGCAUUUCACGGUUGGCGCCCUCAAGGAGGCAUGGGCGUAUGACGAUGAAGAUGAGGACGACACUGGUGCCGAAGCCGACGACUCGGCAGCCGACGAGGCACGCAAGUCGUCGCGUCUGAGCCUAGGCGGGUCGUCUCUCCGCCAUCGGAGUACGCGUGACGUCGGAGUGGAGAAGAAGGGGAACGUGACCAAGGUCGGGCUCGAGGUUGAGAUUCGCCCUGGCGCAGAGAAAGGUCCUGUCGAGUUUGAUCUCGAGGUGCGAUUCACCUACCGUGCCGACGACGACGGCGGCGGCGGCAAGGACGGAGGAGGCAAGGAGGAAUACAAGACGUUUACAUUUUGGGUUCGUGUGUGCGCCGGCAACAUUGCAUAG